AUGAUCACCAGCCUUGAUACGACUGAUCCUGUAGGAGUUAAUAACAACCACAGCCACGCUCCUGAUUAUGCAGCUAUUGCAAAUUUUACCAUUUUGUUGGUUAUCAGCACCCAUCUAUCUGAAAACAAAACUGAUAAGAAUGAUUCAGAAAGAAGAGCCUGUUUUUCACUAGGGUCUAUCUAUCUAUCUAUCUAUCUAUCUCUUGAGUCUGCUGGGUGUUUGUUUAUCUAUCUUGUGUGUCUAUCUAUCUAUCUUGGGUUGUGUGUGUCUAUCUAUCUAUCUAUCUAUCUAUCUAAGGUUGUGUGUCUAUCUAUCUAUCUAUCUAUCUAUCUAUCUAAGGUUGUGUGUCUAUCUAUCUAUCUAUCUAUCUUAGGUUGUGUGUCUACCUAUCUAUCUAUCAUAGGUUGUGUGUCUACCUAUCUAUCUAUCUAUCUUAGGUUGUGUAUCUACCUAUCUAUCUAUCUAUCUAUCUUAGGUUGUGUAUCUACCUAUCUAUCUAUCUAUCUAUCUAUCUUAGGUUGUGUAUCUACCUAUCUAUCUAUCUAUCUAUCUAAGGUUGUGUGUCUACCUAUCUAUCUAUCUAUCUACCUAUCUAAGGUUGUGUGUCUACCUAUCUAUCUAUCUAUCUUAGGUUGUGUCUAUCUAUCUAGCUAUCUAUCUUAG